AUGUGCGGAGCCGCGCGAGGGGCUGGCGCAGAAACGAGCAGCAGGCGUGUGCUGCACGCGGCGCCCUCCAGGCGAGGGCAAGCAGGCCAGGGAGCCGCCCUCGGCAGGUGCGCGGCGCGGCAGGCCCGCGCGGCCGCCGGGCACGCACGCGGCCGCACGCCGCUCCAGCGCUUGGACCUCGCGCGGCCAGGCGCGCCGGCUCCCUUCCCGUGCAUCCGGCGAGCGGCCUCCGCGUGCGUCACGCGUGGCUCCAGCCGCGCGCGUGCUCCCAGCCCUCGGCGUGCCCAGGCCACGCCUUCGUUCGUGGCAGCGUGGUCUGCCGAGGCCAGCGUGCGCGGGGCCUCUGGCACCGUUGGCCGCUAG